AGAAUGCACCGUAUAAGAAUGCAUCGUAGAAGAAUUGCAAUGAGAAGAAGGAACCGUAGAAGACUUGCAAUGAGAAGGAGAAGGAACCGUAGAAGACGUGGAAGGAGAAAUGGUCGAAAGAAGCGUUCUAUACAGUUUCCGGAACAAAUGGAAGACUUGAAUAUGAAACGUGCUACGAAGACCCAACCUUCCUGCCCACAAAUUUACACUGCCUCCACAGAAGGGAAAUUCUGCUUCCUGACCUCGACAGAGCUAAUGAAGUCAACCUCGGCUCAGCAUUACUGUAACAAACAUGGCGGAAACCUCGUGGCCAUUGAAACUUCGGGGAAACAGUCGGCUGUACAAACCUUCUUGCAGAGGAACCACUUCAACAAGGAGAAGAUUUGGCUGUCCGACAUCGCCAGCCUGGAUGGAGUGAAAGUCUGGAGAAUCAGCCAGAAGCCAGUAGACUUCAAUAAAUUUGAGAACAAACAAAUUCCAUUUGAUGACACCUGCAUUCUUUUCGACGUAUCCUCUGGAUCCUGGAUCAGUCAACCCUGCUCAGACACAGGCAGUUGGAAGAGACCCGAACACCAUCGCGCCCUUUGUGAGCCAACAGAAAACCAGCAAAUGAACACUUUGGUAAAUAAUGGACUAGACAGGCAGAAGCGUGACACUGCUGCUAUUCAUUCCGGGAAAGCGGAUGAGAAAAAUGUGUUCAAAUCUCUGUCUUCAAAUGUGAACUCUGCAUUUGCUAAAAUGAAUACGGGACUGAAGAAAAUGUUUGGAUAAAAAAAUUGGCAUAUUUACAGAUGUGUAUGUUGAGUAGGGUAAGUUGUGGAGUCGAGGCUUAUGUAAGAAAUAAAUAAGUAUUUCACUGGAUAGGGAAACAGUGGGGAAUCAAAAAUGCCAAAAAAAUCAGCCAAUUAUUAAAACUCAUGAUAAGAACAGUGGCCUAUAAGUCAUGUGGACAACACUGUGAUAUUUAAAAAAGUUAUUGCUUUCUGACGAGCUCAAAAGAUCCAGAAGUAAACAGAUAGGAAUGCAUUUUGAUGUAUUCAAAUAUGUACAUACUAGUUUCAAUUUUCACAAGCUGAUUGUUAACAAGUGAUUUAUA